AUGAGUGGACAGGCAGCAGACUAUUAUAAUCCCGGCCAAAACUUCGGCGACGGCCAUCCUCAACCUCGGCAACAACAGCCUAUGUACAACAACAAUUUUCAAGGCUAUAAUCAGAAUUAUCAGUACGAUAAUGGCUAUCAAAACACCGCAGAGCCCAAGCCUCCACAGGGGCCACCACAACAGGCACCACCACCGCCGCAGGGGGCUCCGCCGACCUACAACCAGGCAGUCUAUGGGUUUGACGAGGCAUUCAAGGUCGAGAAACCAAAGUUCAACGACAUCUGGGCAGGACUUCUGCUCAUUGCCGUCUUUCUAGGCUAUGUCGCAGUUUCGGGAAUCGCAAUCUAUCGAUACUCCAAGUACAAAGGAUUCAAUGGCGGAGGCAUUUACGACUCGGUUAAUGACUUUUCACUGGAUACGAACACCUUGGUCUUGUUCAUAUUUGUACUCUGCGUAGCGCUGGCCUUUUCUUGGGCCUAUUUUCUUGGAGCUCGCUAUUUCCCCAAGUUCUUUAUCUGGGCGACGGGAAUCCUGAACAUUGUGUUUGCCCUGGCUACCGGUAUCUACUACAUCGUGCGCAAGCAGUACGGAGGAGGUAUCGUGUUCCUCAUUUUCGGAGUUUUCGCCAUCAUCUGCUUCAUCAGCUGGAUCCCGCGCAUCCCCUUCACCGCAUUCAUGAUGGAAACCUCAAUCGACGUGUCUCGACGCUACGGACAUAUGUUUUUGGUGAGCGCGAUCGGCGGCAUCGUGACGGUGGCAUUCGCUGCGUGGUUUUCCGUGACACUGGUGUCGAUUUAUGUGGCCUACGAACCCGGCAAUAACCCGUCUUGUGCCAAUGGCGGUUGUAGCUCAGGCAGGGUGAUUGGCUUGGUGGUCUACGUGACAUUUGCCAUGUACUGGUUCAGCGAGUGGUGGAAGAACACCAUCCACACAACCAUCGCCGGAGUGUACGGUUCCUGGUACUUCUUUGGCGGUUCACCUGAUGGAAUGCCCAAAGGCGUGACCCGCGGCGCCUUCCGACGCGCCACGACCUAUUCCUUUGGUAGCAUCAGCUUUGGGAGCUUGAUCCUUGCCAUCAUCAACAUGCUGCGGCAAGCAUGCUCCGUCGCGCAGCGCCAUGAAGCUGCCGAGGGCAGUCUGGUGGGCAGCAUCGCCUUUUGGAUCCUUGGAUGUCUCAUUUCGCUGCUGGACUGGCUGGUGACCUUCUUCAACCGGUACGCGUUCUGCCACAUCGCCUUGUAUGGCAAAGCGUAUAUCCCCUCGGCGAAAGAUACCUGGAAGAUGAUGAAAGACCGAGGCGUGGAUGCCCUGGCUGCAGACUGCCUCAUCGGGCCCGUGUUGACGAUGGGAUCGGUGUUCGUGUCGUACGUGUGCGCCUUACUGGCGUAUCUCUACCUGCAAUUUACGCAUCCCAGCUACAACCAGGAUGGUGACUUUACGGCAGUGAUCAUGGCAUUUGCUUUUGUGAUUGGCUUGCAGGUGUGUCAGGUGUUUAUGACGCCGAUGAGCAGCGGCAUCGAGACCAUUUUCGCCGCGAUGGCAUGGGAUCCGCAGGUCAUGAUCCACGACCAUCCGGAUUUAUACAACCGGUUGGUGCAUCUGUACCCGAAGGUGCAGCAGGCCAUCCAUGCAUAG